AUGCGCAUCACCGCCCUCCUUGCUCUCCUCCCCAUCGUCGCGCUCGCCGAGCACGUCGCGCCUCGCGGCAAUGGCGGGGGCCCUGGCCCGUAUAACCCUCACUAUCGUCCCGGGACUGGUCCUCAGCGCUGGGCCAACACCCGUAAGCGCGGCGGUGAGCACCACGGCGAUGGCAAGAAGAAGUGUAAGCCUCGCCCGAAGCCCCAGCAUGGAGGCGGUGAGCCUCCCAAGAACGCGGGCGAGCAGGACCAGCCGCAGGACCAGCCGCAGGACCAGCCGCAGGACCAGCCGCAGGACCAACAGCCCUCCCACACUGACGAGUCGCCUUCCCAGACGGAGACCACUCCGGCCUCAGCCGAGUCGCCUUCCCAGACGGAGACCACUCCGGCCUCGGCCGAGUCGACGCCACCUCCGGCCGAGGAGACGCCAUCUCCGGAGGACGACAAACCCCAGGACACUCCAGGUGGCGAGACGUACACGGCGAAACGUUCGACGUGGUACGACCCUCCUGCGAGCGGGCAGCCCGGCGCGUGCGGCAAGGACCACACCAAGGACGACAGGAUCAUUGCCGUCCACCAGGACUUCUUCGACCACUACCAGGGUGCGGUGUCAGGCAACUCGUACGCCAACCCUCUGUGUGGCAAGAAGGUCCUCCUCGAGUUUAACGGUGCGUCCAUGGAGGUGACCAUCGAGGACACGUGCCCAACUUGCUUUGACAAGCACGAUCUGGACCUCACCGCCGCCGUCUUUGAUGAGCUCCACAAGAAGAGCCCCACCCCGGAAAACUCUGGCGAGCUGGACGGCGUCAAGUGGACUAUCCUGGGCUAA